UGGCUCAGAAUUGGGUUGAGAAAUUGUAGCUGGUCAACACGCAUGCGCUAUUGGGCAGCGUUAGGACAGCCAGUCACAGCUGUGGUCCUCGGGUGGUGUGAGAGGCAAGGAGAGCGAGGGGAAACGGGGGACGAUGUCACUGGAGAGGUGUCAAACUGACUGGGAAGAAAUCGACAAAGAAUAUCAGCAAUUACAGGAAACUCACAAGGUGUACCGACAGAAGCUGGAAGAGCUGACCAGUCUCCAGGCAAUAUGCAGCAGUGCCAUUAGCAAACAGAGGAAAGGCCUUAAGGACCUCAGGCACACUCUAAAGAAAUGCGCUUUGACAUCUGAUGAGAAACAGUCUGAACAGAUUACAGAUAUUCAAACGCAAAUCAAAGAGAAACAGAAUGUCUUCUUUGAUAUGGAAGCGUAUUUGCCAAAGAAGAAUGGGCUGUACUUAAAUUUGGUCCUGGGAAAUGUGAAUGUAACCCUUCUCAGCAAUCAGGCCAAGUUUGCUUAUAAAGAUGAAUAUGAGAAGUUCAAACUUUACCUGACAAUUAUUCUGAUGUUUGGUGCCAUGGCCUGUCUCUUCUUUUUCAACUAUCGUGUCACAGAUGAAAUCUUCAAUUUUUUACUUGUUUGGUAUUAUUGCACACUGACGAUAAGAGAGAGUGUUCUGAUCAGUAAUGGGUCACGAAUUAAAGGAUGGUGGGUUUUACAUCAUUAUGUGUCUACCUUCCUCUCCGGGGUCAUGUUGACCUGGCCAGAGGGAUCAAUGUAUCAGAUGUUCAGAAGUCAGUUCCUGGCUUUCUCCAUCUAUCAGAGUUUUUUACAGUUCCUUCAGUACUAUUACCAGAGUGGCUGUCUGUACAGGCUGCGUGCUUUGGGGGAGAGGAACCAGCUGGACCUGACAGUGGAGGGCUUCCAGUCGUGGAUGUGGAGAGGACUCACCUUCCUGCUCCCUGUCCUCUUCUUUGGCCAUUUCUGGCAGUUGUACAACGCAAUUACCCUGUUUAAGCUGGCGCACCAUGAGGACUGCAAGGAGUGGCAGGUGUUCAUGCUGGGGCUGACGUUUCUUGUCCUGUUCCUGGGGAACUUUCUCACGACGCUCAAAGUAGUCCACCAGAAGAUCCAGAAGAACAAAGAGAAGCUGCAGAAGGCAGACUGAAAGGGAGCAUGUGUGGGGGCUGAAGAUGACCACCAGGAGGCGAAGUGGCCAGUACUAGGAUGGAGAGCGGUCAUGGCACCCUAACGCACACAAUUCAGAAAGUGGGGUGGGGGGUGGGGGGCAUAAAAGGGGUGUGUGGGAAGGUGUAAGGGGUGUGUGGGAGUCUACAGGUCUCAAGCCAGCUGUGGUCACCUGUGGUUUAUUCUCUUUUUGUUUCUCCUUAGUUCUGUUUGCUCGCUCACAUGCAAUGAAAACACUAAGCGGGUCGGUCCUGGGUAGAGGCAAACGGUGUUGUCAGGGUGCAACCCGGUUCCGAGGGGAAUCUGAACAACUUAAUGCACACUUGCAGGAGUUUGUGUUCUUUUUUGUUUGUUUGUUUGUUUGUUUGUUUUCCGUAUUGCGCAUGAACAUUAUAUGGGAGCCUCACAUCUCAACUCAACUCAAGGGAAGAAGAAGAAGAAGAAGAUGAUGAUGAUUAUGAUUGCUGCUGACUGGAGCCACAGUAGGAGGAGAAAGGAUACUAGAUCCUCCGAAGGGAGAGGUCCAUGCUGAACGACUCAUUUCGUCACACUGCUAGCUACUAGUGAGGGGUCUGUCUCUGCUCCUCUCAGUACUGUCUUUUCCUGUCAACCUCUUUUUCUUUUAUCUGUAAGAGUGUUUUUUUUGUUCCCCCCACACACACAGACAUAGCUCCCUCAUUCUGUGCUGUUCAUGAAAUGUUCCAGAGUAAGCAAGGGAUUGGCUCAGAGUGUUAAUUUACCCUCAUUGCUUUGGUGAAGAUUUUGACGGCACCAGUAACCCCUUAAAACACUAACAGAAUACAUUUGCCGUAUCUGUGCACUGCUGGGGGUUCAUCCAUUACCACUAGGUCAAAACAGUAUUAUGCAGAUCUCCCUGAUCCUCCUUUGUUAGUAGUGAACUAUUGUCUGUUCCUCUGUCACUGUUUAAUCUCUGGUAUGGCCAUGGAUGCUUCCCCUCCUCUAACGGAAAUGCAAAAUUGAUUGAGUAAAAUUGUCCUUCCAGGCUGAAAGAUGGAAGUCUGUCGAUUUGCUGUAAUCAUGUACUGUGAAGCCAUGUUUGCUGCUAGCACAGCUGCUGUGAUGGUUUAGGACUUCUGGAGUUGAAUGCAAAUUACAUUGUAAUUUCAAACAAUGAUUAUUGGCUAUAUAUAAAUAGUUAUGAUGGUACUGGACAAAAUUAUGAUAAUUUGACGGGGCUGCAGCCCGUCGUCAGUCCAGAUGGGCAUUUCAGAGUGGCAUGCUUGCCUGUUGCCUCAGAGCAAGCUUCCCUCUCAGACAUCAAUGCGGGCGUCCUGAUGAUGUGAAAAGAAAUAAGUAGGUCACUGAAUAUGUUUCAUAAAAACUGUCUUCAAAAGAUGGUUUAUUUUGUUUUGUUUUUUGGUUGCUUGGGUGUCAGGUGCUUACGCAUGAUAUGAAUAGAAGCAAGAAGUGACAUGUAGUGAUAUCAUUAUCAUUACCCACAACAUGCUCUACUUCGGCUUGUGUGUGUGUGUCUGUGCGGUCACUGCCAUUGUCUUCAGGCCUUCAGCUUUCCCCAGUAAAGACUGCAAUCUGUGCCUACAACCCAAGCCUAGAAACUGGAACUGAAUGCAGGGUGAAAGAUGUUUAUUUGUUUUUCAGGUCUCCUUGCAUUCACACAUUCACUGUACAUUGCUGGACAUCAGAAUAAAGCCGUUUGGAUCAGA